AUGCCUACCGUCGGUGUGAAACGUGACUUAUUGUUCAAGGCUCUUGGUAAAACAUACACUGAUGAUGAAUUCCAAAAAUUAUGCUUCGAGUUUGGCCUGGAGCUGGACGAGAUCACGACGGAAAAGCAGAUGAUCACCAAGGAACAGGGUCAGGUGGAAGCCGCCAAGGAUGCAUCGGAGGAAAUAAUCUAUCGUAUUGACAUUCCUGCCAACCGGUACGAUCUGCUCUGUUUAGAAGGACUGGUAAUGGGGUUGCAGGUGUUCCUUGGAAAACUCAAGUUUCCCAGAUUCACCAAGGUCGGACCAGCCGGCAAGGGUUCGGCACCGCAAAAGAUGAUCGUUACGAAAUCUACUGCAUUAAUACGUCCAUUCGCGGUAGCGGCCGUCCUACGUGAUAUUACCUUCACGAAGGAUUCGUACGACAGUUUCAUCGAUCUGCAGGAUAAACUUCAUCAAAACAUAUGCCGUAAGCGUGCACUGGUCGCAAUCGGAACGCACGAUCUAGACACCCUGCAGGGACCGUUCACAUACGAUGCUAAGCCGCCGAAAGACAUUAGCUUCGUGCCGCUGAACCAGGACAAAGCGAUGAAUGGUGAGCAGCUGAUGGAGUUCUACUCGACGCACGCCCAGCUGAAGGCAUACCUUCCCAUCAUCCGUGACUCCCCUGUGUAUCCGGUGAUUUACGAUGCGAAGGGUGUGGUAUUAUCGCUACCACCGAUCAUCAAUGGCGACCAUUCGAAGAUUUCGCUGCAAACGAAAAACGUGUUCAUCGAGUGCACUGCAACCGAUUUGACCAAGGCGCGCAUCGUACUCGAUACGCUUGUAUGCAUGUUUUCCACGCACUGUGCGAAACAAUUUACCGUCGAGUACUGUGAUGUCGUAUCGGCAAGCGGUGAAACUAAGCAGUAUCCGGAUCUUGCCUUUCGGAAGGAAACGAUUUCAGUGUCCAAGACAAACGCGUACAUCGGGUUGAAUGAAUCGGCAGAGAACAUGACGACGCUGCUGAACCGAUUGCUUCCGACCAAGCAAACCGAUCCGGACACGUUGGAAGUGGAAAUUCCACCCACGCGGCACGAUAUGCUGCACGUGUGUGACAUUUACGAAGAUGUAGCCAUCGCCUAUGGGUACAAUCGUAUCCCGAAAACGCUGCCGGCCAAGAUGCACAUUGCGAAGCAGUACCCGUUGAACAAGCUGACCGAACAACUGCGGGAACAGAUUGCACAGGCAGGCUUUACGGAAGGGCUGACAUUUACGCUCUGCUCACGAGACGAUAUUGCGGUCAAGAUGAAUGCAAGCAUCGAUCACAUCCCGGCAGUGCACAUUGCCAACCCGAAGACGCUGGAAUUCGAAGUGGUCCGUACGACGCUAAUACCGGGUUUGUUAAAAACACUCGCAGCCAAUCGCAAAAUGCCUCUUCCGCUGAAGCUUUUUGAGGUGUCGGAUGUUGUGCUGGCGGAUAGCAAAUCGGAAGUCGGUGCCAAGAAUGAACGUCGGGUGUGUGCGGUAAACUGUAAUAAGACGGCCGGGUUCGAGGUGGUGCACGGAUUGUUGGACCGUGUGAUGCAGCUGCUGGAAGUACCGUGGGAUAGGACGAACGGAUACUAUCUGCAGGCAUGCGAUGAUCCGGCCUACUUCCCGGGCCGUUGUGCUGCGGUCCUUUACAAGGGCACGGAAAUUGGACGGAUUGGUGUGCUGCAUCCGACGGUGUUGCAAGCGUUCGAGCUUACUACGCCGUGUUCGGUAGUAGAGUUCAAUAUGGAAUAUUUUGUCUAG